AUGGCGCCUUCCGUGAUGUUGAAUUCUUUCUCUCGGCUGUUGACCCCGGCCCGGCUCCCGAGCAGCCUUUCAGCGAGGUCCAAGUUUUACCUUCAUGAACCACGAAAUAGCAAACCUAAUUGGGUGAAAGUUGGACUGACCUUGGGCGCUUCAGCCUUCUUGUGGGGCUAUCUAAUCAAACAACACAAUGAAGAUGUUCUAGAGUAUAAACGAAGAAAUGGAUUGGAGUAA